CUAUGUAGCCAGGAGCAGCGGGCUAAUAUCAUAUAUUUUGUUUUCGGCUGUAGUACAAGUUUCGCUAAUGUCUUCCUCUUCGAAGCCGCUUUUAGUGAAGGAUGAAGUUGCUUCACCUUCUGGCAGCUUUAAAAGAAAACAUCGGAAUCUAUCAGAGAGAUCUGUGACGUUCGGUACAUACAACUUAGACAUUGAUAGCAGUCCCUUUGAUCAAUCAAUCCUUGUUCGACAAGUCAAAUCCGAGGAUCACACGGGAGUCGUCGAGCUUUCGGAAGCAACCUACGGCGAUCAUGACUCUCUACCGUUAGCUUUCCACACCAUCAUGCAACAGGAGCGAGGCUUUCUGUUUGUAGCGUUGGAAAAACGUCGAGUAGUCGGCUGUGUGCUUGUAAACAUUGUGGAUUCGGAUCAGACACUAGCAAUGAGCGGAAUGCGCAUUCAUCCGUUAUACAAGCGCAGAAACAUAAGCAUCCACUUGCUCCGAGGUGUCCACAACUUUGUUUACAAGGCUUACCCCAGUGUUUGGCGGGAAAGGUUUACUGCUUGUAUGGAUAGUGCAUAUGCGGCAAGACUACGUGCGCAACAUGGCUACCGAAAGGUAACGAGCCUGAAAGCCAUUAGUGUGUACGUCAGUCAAGAUGUGCGAAAAUUGCUCGGGCUCUUCUUAGCUUCGAUGGCAUCGGACAUGAAGGAAACAAAAGGAAUCGAGCAACUUCAACCUGAAGAAGCACUCCGAUUCGCUGAUCAAAAUGACUUGCUAUUAUUCCCCAGUAACACGCUUGUGAUUAAUUGUGUCCCAUUCGUUGUUUCGUCAGCGAACAUGCAGUGGAUAUUCCAAGAGAACGACUGCGUUCUUAACUCUACCUUAACAGAUAACCACCCAUUCUCCUCCCAUCAAGCUCAGGGUAAAGGAAACUUGCUGGCCCUAAAGCGACGUCUUGGCUCAGAACCAAGACUCUGCUCGUUCAGUCACGGCAGAGCGGUGCCCCGAGUCAAGUGCACGAAUUGGGAGGUAAUGUUGUGCGGUAAUGACCGUGACUCAAUGCGCGCGCACCUUGUUGGUCAAUUACAGCAUGCGCUGAAGAUAACAAACGGGCUAUUUGUACUGACUUGUUUUGUUGAUGAGUCCCACAUAGACGUCGUGCAUGAGUUUCUACAUCACUACCUAGGUCUUAGAUAUGUGGCGGACUAUUACUUAAACGAAUUGGCUUUGUAUGAGCGAGAACUUCAAUGGGAUGCUUGAAGAGUAUCUUGUUAUAGAAAAGACUAAAGGUCUUAGACAUGUGACAGAUCUUCCUAUGAACAAAUUGCUAUUCGUAAAUAUCUUGUUAAGAAGAGAGUAACUAGGCCUUAGUAUGUGUCAGACCAUUCUCUGAACAAUUUGUCAUGUUUUUCUAUCUAGAGCAGAAUCUACACUAGUAAUAGACGAAGAAAAUGUUUGGGACUCUACCAUAUAAUUGAUCCAUAACCGCGUCAAACCCAAAGACGUAAUCUACGAUUUUCUCAGAGGAAGGAAUAUAGCGCGAAACUAUUUUGUUUUCAAGAGGCGUUCAACGUAAAAACUUCAACCAUGUGUUGAUUGGGUUUUCUAUUUUCAUCACGCCUACGCAGACCACCUAGUCCUUUACAGCUUGUCUGUAGUAUUUCUAGAUUUCCUAUAGUCAUCAUAACAGCAUUCGCCAGUAAAGUAAUAACGGGCGACUGUAAA